ACGACACUGGUGCUGGCGGGAAAGGUGUAGUAUUGACAGAAGCAGGAGUUUACUACGACGUUUCAGUGUUUCCUGUCUGAGUGUUUAUCGACCGCCCUGUGCCACACAGCCGGCAGAGAAAGUCUUCAGGUCGCUUUGACGCUUUGGGGGGCAUGGAGCCUCUGCGGAAGGAGGGAAAGGAUAAUCCGUUGGCUUCAGCUAAUCUUCUCUCUAAGAUUUUCUUCUGCUGGCUGAAUCCCUUGUUCAAAAUUGGGUACAAGAAAACAUUGGAGGAAGAUGACAUGUUCAGUGUUCUACCCGAGGAUGCAUCUGAUAGACUGGGGGAGCAGCUACAAUGGUACUGGAACAGAGAGGUUCAACGGGCAGCAAAAGACCUGCGCCAACCGAGUCUAACUAAAGCUCUUGUCCAGUGCUACUGGAGAUCAUACGCACAUACUGGAAUAUACAUAUUUAUAGAGGAAGUUAUCAGAGUCAUCCAGCCAGUGCUUCUCGGGAAAAUGAUCGUGCAUUUUGAAAGUUACGACCCCGCCAACACAGCUGCUGUCUACGAGGUCUACAGCUACGCUACAGGCAUCUCCCUGUCCACCAUCGCACUGACUGUCCUUCACCAUCUCUAUUUUUACCAUGUUCAGCGAGAGGGCAUGAGGAUUCGUGUGGCCAUGUGCCACUUGAUCUACAGGAAGGCUCUUUCUCUUAACAGCAAAGCAUUUGCCAAAACCACCACAGGACAAAUAGUGAACCUAUUAUCCAAUGAUGUCAACAAAUUUGAUGAGAUAACUUUAUAUUUGCACUUUCUGUGGAUUGGGCCAAUACAAACAGCUGUUAUAAUUGUAUUGCUGAUGUAUGCAAUCGGCCCAUCAUGCCUUGCAGGAAUGGCUGUCUUCUUUAUCUUGAUGCCAGUGCAGACUAUGUUUGGACGAUUGUUCUCUCAUCUCAGGGCUGAAACUGCAGUCUUAACGGAUGACAGAAUACGCACCAUGAAUGAAGUCAUCACUGGGAUCCGUGUUAUAAAGAUGUAUGGCUGGGAGAAGCCUUUCGCUGCCUUGGUGGAUGAGCUCAGAAGAUUAGAAAUCUCAAAGAUCAUGAAAAGCUCGUACCUGCGGGGCUUGAACAUGGCCUUCUUCUUUGUGGGAAGCAAGAUCAACAUCUUCGUCACCGUCUGUGUCUACGUACUGACAGGGAACACGCUGUCUGCUAGCAGCAUAUUCACAGCUGUGUCCCUCUACGGGGUGAUCAGGCUCACCAUCACGCACUUUCUUCCCUUCGCCAUGGAGAAGGUUUCUGAGUCUCUCAUCAGCGUCAGAAGAAUCAAACAUUUUCUCCUGCUGGAUGAAGUGGCUCCGCGGCACCUGGGGUUUCCUGCAGCAGAGAAUGAGAGCAUGGUGAAGAUUCAGGAUUUGAUAUGCUACUGGGACAAGUUGCUCGAGGCUCCAUCUUUACAGAACGUGUCAUUCACAGUGAAGGCGGAGCAACUCCUGGUGGUUAUUGGACCUGUUGGGUCUGGAAAGUCAUCCCUCCUCAGUGCCAUCCUUGGAGAGCUGAGUCAGGAGAGCGGUGUGAUAAAGGUCAAAGGAGAGCUGACGUACACGUCUCAGCAACCAUGGAUUUUACCUGGUACCAUUCGUAGUAACAUCCUUUUUGGCAAAGAGCUCAACAUCCAGAAGUACAACAAAGUUCUAGGAGCCUGCGCCCUCAAGAGAGAUAUGGACCUGCUACCGGGUGGAGACCUGGCGAUGGUCGGGGACAGGGGGGCCAACCUCAGUGGAGGACAGAAGGCAAGGGUCAGCUUAGCAAGAGCAGUGUAUCAGGAUGCAGAUAUCUACCUGUUGGAUGACCCGCUCAGUGCUGUGGAUGCUGAGGUGGGAAGGCACCUCUUUGAAGAGUGCAUUUGUGGACUAUUGAAAAAGAAACCUCGCAUCCUUGUUACUCAUCAGCUGCAGUAUCUGAAGGCUGCAGACCAGAUUGUUGUCUUAAAGGAGGGUCAGAUGGUGGCACAUGGGACCUACAGUGAGUUACAGAGCUCUGGUUUGGACUUCACCUCCCUGCUUAAGGAGGAGGAGGACAAGGAGGAGGAGAGGCAGGGCAUGACCUCAAUCUCUGCGACUGUCUCUCGCUGUGCCAUGUCGCCCUCUGUCAAUUCAAAGUCCUCUCUGUCCUCCCUCUCUUCCUCUCAGUACUCUUUGAUUGAAGGAGCAGAGCCACUCGCCAAGGUAGUGCAACCUGCGGACGAAGAAAGACGCUCAGAAGGAAACGUCGGCCUGCGUAUGUAUGUGAAGUAUUUCAGGGCAGGCGCCAACUUUAUGCUCCUCCUGGUCCUCGUUUUGCUAAACGCUCUUGCACAUAUUGCAUUUGUUCUUCAGGACUGGUGGCUGGCUUGCUGGGCCUCUGAACAGAAGCACAUCAAUGUGACAGAGCACCUCAAUGGCAGCUCCUCCCAGCAGCUGGACCUUGACCUGUACCUAGGUGUUUACGCAGGUUUAACAGCCACUUCAGUAGUGUUUGGCUUCCUACGCUGCUUGGUCUUCUUUAAUGUCCUGGUGAGCUCGGCUCAAACCCUACACAACAGCAUGUUUAAUGCCAUCCUAAGGACCCCGGUGCACUUUUUCAACGUCAAUCCAAUCGGAAGGAUCCUCAACAGGUUCUCGAAAGACAUCGGUUACCUGGACUCUCUGCUCCCAUGGACGUUUGUGGACUUUAUCCAGGUGCUUCUCCAAGUCAUUGGAGUGAUUGCAGUCGCAGCUCUCAUCAUCCCCUGGACCCUUAUUCCUGUUAUCCCCCUCCUGGCUAUCUUUCUAUUCCUGCGACGCUACUUCCUGAAGACCUCCAGGGACAUCAAGCGCCUAGAGUCUACCACUCGGAGUCCGGUAUUCUCCCACCUUUCCUCCUCUCUCCAAGGCCUGAGCACCAUCCGUGCCUUUAAGGCUCAACAAAGGUUUCAGCAAAUGUUCGAUGAAUAUCAAGAUAUUCACUCAGCUGCCUGGUUCUUGUUCCUGACAACCUCUCGCUGGUUUGCUGUACGACUGGACGGAAUUUGCUCAGUUUUUGUCACCAUCACUGCUUUUGGCUGCCUGUACCUCAGAGAUGGACUGGAUCCAGGUGCAGUGGGUUUGGCUCUGUCUUAUGCUGUGACACUAACGGGCAUGUUCCAGUGGGGAGUCAGACAGAGUGCAGAAGUUGAGAACAUGAUGACAUCAGUGGAGAGAGUGGUUGAGUAUGCCGAGCUGGAGAGUGAAGCACCCUGGGAGACGGACAAACAGCCUCCGCCUGACUGGCCAAAGACAGGCUCCAUCACCUUCAACAGAGUCAACUUCUCCUACAGCGCCAGUGAGCCUUUGGUCCUGAAGAACCUGACUGUUGUGUUCACAGCACGAGAAAAGGUUGGCAUCGUUGGACGUACUGGUGCUGGUAAAAGCUCCCUGAUCGCUGCCUUGUUCCGGCUGGCAGAACCUGAAGGGAGCAUAAUGAUCGAUGGUUUUCUGACUUCUGAGAUUGGCCUUCACACCCUGCGCCAGAAAAUGUCCAUCAUCCCACAGGACCCAGUUCUCUUCACGGGCACCAUGAGGAAGAAUCUGGACCCUUUCAGGCAGCACACAGAUGAGGACCUGUGGAAUGCACUCCAAGAGGUACAGAUGAAGGCCGUGGUGGAGGACCUGCCCAAUAAGCUGGAGACGCUGCUGACUGAGUCGGGCUCCAACUUCAGCGUGGGCCAGAGACAGCUGGUGUGUCUGGCCAGGGCCAUCCUCCGGAAAAACCGCAUCCUCAUCAUUGAUGAGGCCACGGCUAAUGUGGACCCCAGAACUGACAUCCUCAUCCAGCAGACGAUCCGGGACAAAUUUCAAGACUGUACCGUCCUCACCAUCGCUCACAGGCUCAACACUAUCAUUGACUGUGACAAAAUACUGGUUCUGGCUGCUGGCAGGAUCCAGGAGUAUGACCGGCCCUAUGUGCUGUUGCAGAACCAAGACGGGCUCUUUUACCAGAUGGUCCAACAGACAGGCAGAGCAGAGGCCGCCUCGCUGCUGCACACAGCCAAACAGGUGUACAUGAACAGAAAGCAGCUGACAGACGUGCGCCAUCCCAAGGACAUCUGUGCCAUCUUCGAGACGUCACUUUGACACUUUGGAGAGCGGAUCCAGCCAUCACUGACCAGUCCUUUUACCAGAUUUCUCUUCUAUGAUCCAAAAUAUCCCAGCAGGCUGAGUGUUUGUUGUGCUUAAUUUGAUCGGUACAGUCCUUGAGUGUGCAACAGGAGUAUCUGAGGCAGGAUGUGCCUUUAUUGACAGCAUAUUACUGCAUGACUGUUUAUUGAUCAUACCUUUCUAUGUUUAUGUAUGAGUGCUCCAGCCUCUUGGGUAGCUUCAACCCUGCUCUGGUGCUCAAAUGAGUGCACAUAUUGGACAUGUUAAUCCUGCUGCAAUAAAUUACUGUUGGCUUUAAUAACGCUUUUAUAGCCAGAAUUGUUCCAAAGCAGGAUUGGUGGCAUCUUUUUAUUAUUUAGAAAUGCUAAAAAAGACCGGAACCUAAGAAGAGACAGCAAUCUUUUUCAGUAAUGAUUGUGCCUUAAUCAGAGUAUUGAUUUCUCUUUCUAAUUGCACUGUUUUAACUGAGUAGGCUUGCAGCACUUUGACGAUAAUGGUUUUGUGUCUACCUCAGCUCCUGUCAGCAGGGGAUAGUUAAAUUUGAAUGUAGCAUGGCAAUGAGAAUGAGAAACAACAAGGAAGUGGGGCAGAAGUUUUAAGUUUGUUGCCUUAAAUUUUUUUUAGUGUACUGUGAACUUUCUCUGUUUACUUUUUGACGGUAUGAUUGUGCUUUAUUUAGAAGGGGUGUACUGUAGAUGUUGCACUUUAGCAUCAGUCUUAGAGACUAAAAUUCUUCCCUUAGGGCCAGCUCAGACGACACUAAUUCAGCCAGAUUUUGGCCGGACUGCAAGUUCGCAGCUUAUCAUCACAACUAAGACUCGACAAGACUAGCAUCCCAGAAUUUUUCUUGCAUCGUCGUCUACUUUAACACCCUGACCUGACAUCAAUGACAUGAAUCCUGAUGUCUACCAAUUAGCAAAAAUCUACUAGCAUUGCAUCGAGCACUUCUAUGAAUCACUCUCUUUGACUGAUGACCCGUGAACUUGCACACAGUUGCAGAGACAUUUGGGACAUCAGCGUACAGUGAGCCAUUAGGAUUCCACUUGUUGAAUGGCCCGGCCGUUUGCCAAGAUGGGCCAGAGUUCUCGUUGCAUACUCUGACCUGGUGCCACUGCGAAUGACCAAAACAACUGUGUAGUCUGAGCUGCAAAUAGAUUGAGUGCAGCUGUUUAUAGCACUGAUCUCCAUUCUAAUAUUCAGCCCAAAUGUGGUUGAGUUUUUAAUUCUUUUCAGUGCUUUAGAUCAAAUUCAGUCUUUUUUUCAGUUUCCAACCUGUUGCACUCUUGCUACAGAACUCUGCAAUUGUGGCACCACAAACAACAUCCCACAGCAGGCCAGGCUGUCACUCCUCCCCUUGUGGUGGCAAAGAAGCUAAAAGAAGUGUCUGGCCAUCACUGUGAAUACAGAAAUGGUGUGGCAGAGACGUGAUGUAAGCAAGCAGCGAGAAGAGGCUGGUGCAAUUAUGGCGGAAGAGAUUAGUGUGGAUGGUGCUAUAG